AUGGAUAUUCCAGUUAUUUUGCAGAAUCUCAUAUACAUAAAACGGCCGGUGACGAGCGACCUGUCCUCCUCCUCCUGGCGGGUGUCCUUAUGCAUAUCCGGAUGCGAUUUUUGGUACAAUUAACUGCUCAAGGGUUGGCUAGCCUCGAAGUGAGAGGCUCAGCACCAUUUCAGCAAAUUAGUGGUCUCGCUCGAGCGGCAGUUUUUUGCAUCUUUUUUGCCAGCAGCACCAGGCCCAGAACGGGUAUCUGAUAAAUUAACUGCCUAAGCUACUUUUCUGGCCUGUCCCGAGCCUGCGUAACCACAUUGAGUUUUUUCUUCGAAUGAUCCGGAGAAAAACGAAGACAGGCUAGACGAAGCUUUCAGGGUUAGUCUUUUCAGUUUAGAGGGUCCUUCAAUAGGACGAUAUUGCUAAAGCUACGCAAGGCUUGGGCAAUUCUGCACUUGGGUUGGAAAUGGAGGUUCCAGGUAAAAUCUGUUUUCCAGAUCUGGAGGGAAAUGCCUUUACCAAGAAAUCAGGUGUUUCAGCCCAGGCCCAAGCUGCCUUGAGGGAACGCACGGUGCUUCAGGAACGGUGGACUAUAAAUGCCCAUCCUAAUCUAAUCUAAUCAGAAUCUCAAAGAUUACCAUCACAGAGCUAUGGAAAGAGAUGAAAUUCAAAACUUUAGAGAAGAUGUAAUAUCCCUCAUAAAUGAAUCAGCAGAAAAAGGUCUUUUUAAUUGCACUAAAAACAAAGAAGAUUAUAUACAGAACAUUUACACUAAAAAGUUAAAUACAUUACUUCCAUUAGCAAGAAACCAAAAAUUAGAUCUGUUUGGCUUACUUGCUAAGCAUUUGGACUCUAUAAGAGUAAUUGUAAACAUUCCGACGACUCUUUUAAGAAUUGAAAAUAUUUCUGUUCCAUUUUUGAUCCAAACUUUAAAAAAUGGGGCAGUUGUAUCAAGGCCGUGUCUUGAUAAUGAUUUUUUCAAGCUAAAUCAGAGAAAAAGUGACGAAAAUGGUCCAAUUGUUUGCUAUAAAGCCAAAAACAAAGAAACUCUAAUACUAAAUGCUGUUGAAAGUGCUCAAGCAAUUUGAAAAUCAACCAAAGCCCCUGCAAUGCUGCAAUAUUACAUUCAAAGUUAUUCAAACCCUGCUUCUAUUACAAGAGUGCUCUGAAAAAUUGGAUGUAAGCUCAAAUUCUAUACAAUUAUCAACCGCUCCAAAGUAAAAAACAAAACUAAAGCAGAAUCCACAAAUAGCACACCUAAAAGGAUGGUUAGACGAAUGAAUCGAGCAUCAUCAAUCACUCCAAGCAUGACACCCUCUAAAAUGCUGUCUAAGCUAACUCAGUCAAUAGUCAGAAAAAAUCCUGCUGAGUUUCCAGAUCUCAAUGAUAUUCAUGAGGAAAAAACUGAAAUAUUAGGAAAUGACAGCUCAUUAAAUUUAGGCGAGGAAAACGAAAAAAGCAGCCCUGAUUUAUCAUUAUCAAAAGAAUUCAUUGUAAAUUCUAAAAUUCCUGAUAGCUGCUUUGGGGUGGAGAAUAAAGGGAGAAUCCCAGAAAUCGAAGCCAUGGUAUCUGAAGUCAUUUCAUUUUUAAAUACCAAAGUAUUUAGGGAUGAUGGAAUUAAAGGAAUCGUGCUUGAUUUUAUACAAGAUAAAAAUAAGAAUUGGGUGCUUAUAGACUGCAAAGAGUAUUCGCUGAUAUAUAAGCUGACAUUAGAUGCAAACAUAAUUGAAGAGCGAAAAUCAACUCCAUCGAUUUCUACUAGAAGUAGGUCAUGUGACUUAAAAAAAUCUAGUACCAAAAUUGAAAUUGACAAAAAAGAUCUGGAUACAAGCUUUAUUAUAUAUAAAGAACACAGAGAAAAAACAAAUGAGCUGCCAUUUAAAAUUAGGGCUAAGCCAAAAGAGUAUUUAAAGCCUGAAGUGCAGGAAAAAGAUCUCAUGGAAAGGAUAAGUAAAGUUAAUGCAAGAAUUGACCGUAUUGUUAGCCAUAAGCCUUCUGUAAGUUUAUCGUCAAUGGACUUAAAAGAGCAAAGCAUACAAGCGUAUAAGAUAUACUUUCUUUAGAAAUUUACCAGUAUUAAUUCUAAAAAGAAAUGUUGUCUUUUUUUUUAAAAUCUUGUAUAAGCAGCUAUUAUCAAUGUAUAUAAGCUUCCUUAGGAGGUAUAAGAUAUAAUUCUCGAUCUUUGCUUUCCCCAAUUCCUUCUAAUAACCCAUUUCUAUGUCCCCCAAAAACCAACCAAAAAAUUGAGAAUGCUUCCUUUAUAACUAAUAAACUAAUAGCUAAUAAAUUAUAGCCAUUAGACCUUAAAGUCUGACCUUUUCGAAUAAAUACUAAAUAUUGCAAAUGAAUUUUUCACCAAUCUUACUGCGAAUUUCAGCUAGGAAGUCUUUUUCAAGUCCUUAUGCCUGCAAUUUUUGUCUGAAUAUCUUAGAAAGUCGUCAAAUCCAAACAAACUCUUUUUAAUUAUUACCGAGCAAAAUGUGACCACAACAUCUCUCCAGACAAUAGUUUUUACUAUUUAUGACAGUCUGUGGGUUUUAUAUUGCUUGAAACUCUCAUAAAACCAACAUGCAAACAAUCCUUAAUUUUCUGUUCAGCCUUCCUCAGAAAUUUAUAAAGAUAAACUUUUUCAGUGUUAGACAUGUAAGGAGACUCAUAAUUUGAUAUCUUCUGGAACAGAAAAUAUAGCACAAGGCCUCAUUAUUAAUUCCUAGCAUUAGUGAGUCUCCACUAAUCAUUUCUUCUUGCUCCAUUUUAAUUUUUUUUUUCCUUUAUAAGAGAUUCUUUAAACAGUGACAAAAAUCAUCUCUGCAUAAGAAAGCACUAUAAAAGUGUAAUAGAUACCCUCGAUGAAGCAAAAUUCAAUACAAAGCUAUCAAAAGUCAACAAAAAUCUUUUAGAGAAGUACGGAGGAGAACAAUUUUGGAACCAGUUUAUCCUAUCCCUUUACAAUAAGAUAUUAGCAAAUGAAGCCUUAACUAAAUAUUUCAAGCAAACAAAGCUAGACACGUUUGCAAUGAUCAUGAAUGGAAUGCUCAUGAUUUUCAACGGAAUGGUAAAUCUAGAGUUCAGAAGAGCCAUUCGGUCUUCUCAUCAAAAAAUGGGAAUAACUGACCGUGAGUUCGAGUAUUAUGCAGAUAUUUUUGAAGGGACUUUAAUCGAAUUUCAGGUUGAAGAUGUUGACAGGCAGCUGAUAAUGUCUCAAAUUAAAUCAAUGAAAUGUCUAAUAACUAAAAAUAUUUAA